AUGAUGAUGAGCAACAAAGACGAAGAGAAAAAAUACCAAAAUAUUAUUACGGAUAAAUUAAGGGAACUGUUAGGUGAAUAUGAAGUAGACAUAUUGACUGAAUACGUCUGGCACAUGGCUGGAAAUGCCAAAAGUACACGAGAGUUUAUAUCCAACGAGUUAAAGGAUUUCCUGGGAGACCACACCACGGUCUUUGUCAACUGGCUAAUGAAGUUUAUGGGUGAUAUAAAAAAACCAUUAAAGAGUGACAGCUCCGUGAAGAAUGAGAAGUCGUAUAAAUCCGAGAGUGCCAAGGAUAGGCAUCCUGGCGAAACUUCUCGCUCCAACAGGAGCAUAGAAUCCAAAUCAAGACAUUCCGGCACUCAAGGAAGGAGAACGAAGGACCAUCAAAGGGAUUACGACUCCAGUAGGAGAGACACGUCCAUUACAAGGAGGCGAUCCAGAAGUUACAGAAGCAGAAGUCGAAGCAGCGGCUACUCGCUGAACGAUGCAGAUUCUUUUAACAGAAGGAGAAGCAAAAAAAGACAAAGAGGAGGAAUAGGCACAAGAUCGGUAUCAUCUAGCGUGAACGCGAGAAAAUUUCAUUACGGCGGUAACCGACCUAGAUCCAAGAGAGGCGACAAAGAAAUGGAUAGAAUGAAAUCAAGGGAUGAUGUUAAGUACAGAAGGGUCGGAAGAAGUGGCAGUCACUCGAUGGGCACGAGUAGAGUCAUCUACGUGGAAAACGAGAAAGAGAAAAAACUGAGGAAGGUUGAAUUACUUCAGGACGGUGCUCAGAACAGGAAUGAUUUGGAAGGCAGGCGAAUGGACGACAACGAGGAUGACUACAGCUCCAACGAAAAGAAGAAUAAGGCCGUUCUAAAACCCAAUCCCAAGUUCGGAGGAGAUAAACCCGUUCCAGUUUUGCAGCCAGCCGCGACGAGCAUGGCGAAUCACGAUAUGCCCAACUACCACAUGAACUACCAAUACGAAGACGUCGGCGGGCAGUCGAGUUACGAGAAAGGAAUGAACCCUACAGGGGCGAAUUACCAUGCAGGAAAUUACCUGUUAAGUCAGCAGAAGCUAAUAGAUAAUAAUACCAUCGGUGGUAACAACUUUAUGGCGCCCAACAUGCAUAAUAAUAGCUUCGUUAAUAAUAUGCACCCGAACAGCGGCCCGCAUCACUCCAAUCGAAUGCAUUUUAAUUCGCACAUGAAUAAACAAGGUCCUCCUCCCCCAGGAAAUUAUGUGAACCCUAAUAGCACACUGAAUCCGAGGAAUAAUCAACACAAUAUGUUCUUCACGAAUAACAUGACAAAGCCCACUCCACCUCCUCCUUCGUAUAAUCCGCCCCUACCGGUAUACACGCCGCCAACUUUUACACCUGCUACGUUCACGCCUCCUUUGAAUACAAGAAAGAAACAUUUUAAUACACAUCAUAUGCCGACGGAGAGAAGAUUUCCUAUGAAAGAUCAGCCGCCCCAUGGGAUCAACCCGUCAAACCAUGCUUCUUCCAUAUCGCAACAGAAGGUGCAGUUUGAUAGGGCCAAAAAUGACCAAGCUGCUGUGAAGGAAAAUGGCCAGCAAUUGUCUCUAGGACAGCAAAUGGAAGGGUCAGCAGAAGCAGGGGUUCACGGGAUUGGCGACAGCGGCGUGAAUUCGAGUGGGCUAAUCAAUGCAGACGCGCCCCAGGGACCCAACGUGGACUUCCCAGCGGAUGGCAAGGGCACCGUUGCAAAGAUUCCCAAGAAGUGCCUCUAUCUGCCGAAUUGCCAGUAUGGAGACAAGUGUCGUUACAUUCACCCUGUGGAAAACUGCCGCAAUUGGCCGUACUGCGCCUUUGGAUCUGAGUGCAUCUACAUCCACCCCAAUGUGCCCUGUAAAUUUGGUUUGUACUGCGCGAACUACUACUGCAACUAUUCGCAUGACCACGUGGACACAGCGAAUCUGCCCGAAGUUGGUAUGAACGGAUACUUCCUCAACAAGAAAUUAAUAAAUAAAAACGACAAAGGGAAUAACAGCGGCACCAAUUUUGAUGAUAAGGUAGCCCAGAUUUCCAUCAGCAUGCCGAAGACCCCACCUGAAAUGAAAAAGGACAACAGAGCAAAAAAUUGUUACAAUGAGAAUGAAUACCUGCAGAGUAUGCUGGAUGUAGAGAGACAAGAAUUGAAUCAGGACAACAUGACACACGAGCAUGGAGGUGAACCGAAUGGGAAAAACAAUUUAGGGGAGCAAAAUGGAGGGCAGAUCGUGGGCGAGGAACAAGGGGUUGACCCCGCAAAUGAAGAGACGAAAGAUUGUGUCCCACCUGAUGACGUGGGAGGAGAAUCCCAUGGGUAUCAAAUCGAAGAAGACCCAUGCGCUAAUACGACAAAUGAAAAAGGAACCCUCGAUUACAACUGUUUUGACAUUGUAGUUAACCCGGACGGUGUAGCCGGGGUAGGAGCAGGACCGGAAGCCGUAUUUGCCGCAUCCGCAGAAGGGGGGAAACAAGAAAAAGGGGCCAUAAACCCACCGCAGGAUAAUUAA